AUGUCGAGCACUAAUAGUAAUACUACACGUGGUCCUGGAGAGCGUCAACUGACAAUUACUAAACGGUUUACAAAACCACGUCGACGUGGUAAUAGUCAAGGUGAAACAUUAAGUACGGGUAUAAACGCGUUUGGUGGCAUGAGUCCUGUUAAUGCUACUUUUGGAAGUAGCAAUGGAAACGGCUUAAGUACGAGAAAUACGAUAAGUUUUGGAAAACCUCCGGCAACGACUUUGUUAUCGUCCCCUUCCCCUCCUGGGCUUACCUUGGGUCAACCUUUAUCUUCUUUCAAAGAUGAUACGACCGGGUUUGUAUCAAGUAAGACAGGUUUCUUAACCAAACGUGCCAUGUCUAGUAUGGAUGCAUUUGCGAAUUGGAAAGAACGUUUCUUUGUGUUAGCCGAAGGUCAUUUAUCCUAUUAUAAACAAGGUGGUGGCUUUUUUAAUACUGGAAAAGAAGAUAUUGUACAUUUAAAAGGAGAAUUGGAAUUAACACCGGAUACAAUUGUACGAAAGAGUACAAUUGAUGAUAAAGCUAAUUGCUUUGAAGUGGUCACACCGACGAAAAAAAUGUUUUGUCAAGCAAGUACAGCACGAGAGAUGGAAGAUUGGGUCAAGUCAGUACGAGCACAUAUUAAUGCACUCAAGAAAACACAAGUACGUGGAAGUUUUCAUGACGCAACGCCCGUGACGACAAUUCCAGGAGCAGGAGCAGGAACGAGUGUCACAACAGGUAUUCUUCCACCCAUGGUGCAAACAGGAGCUAUUGAGACGGACUAUUCACGUCCGAGUAUGUUGGAAGACCAUGAGAUUGUUCGUGGAGCUGAUAAAUCAUCGGACCCUAAGGAUGUUGUGAUUAAACAAUUGCUGGAAGAAAAUCGAUCCUUGCGAGAGCAGUUGACCAUGAAGGAUCAAGUGAUUCAUGAAUUGGAAAUGAAUGGAGGACGGUCCGUUGAUGCACCAUCGGGUGGUGCAGGCAAAUUGAGAUCCACUGCACCACAGAUGAUAUUGGAUUUGAGAGAUGUCAAGAAGAAACAGUUUCAGCUUUUUGAUGCCGCAGAAGUGGGUAAUUGGCAUCUCAUUGCGACGCUACUACGUGAUAAUGUUGUGGAUGUGAAUGGCGUGGGGAUUAAUCAGACGUCGGCGCUGCAUCUUGCCGCGCGUAAUAAUCACCCGAAUGCAGUGAAGGAGCUGCUAAUGCGUGGUGCGGACCCGUCCGCACGUACCGGAGACAGCCAUACGGCGCUGCAUAUUGCGGUUCAGGCUGGCAAUGUGGAAUGUGUGAAGGAAUUGCUAGAUGCAGGAGCAGAUCCCAACGUGACGGAUUACCAAGGCAACGCUGCCAUUCACAUGGCAGCCGAAUCAGGCGAUAUUUCAGCCGCGAAACUAUUGGUUGCGCGAGGUGCACGCAUUGAUGCUUCCAAUGCUAGCGGUAGUCUUCCAGUUCACUUAUCACCGAUUGGCCACCCGAUUCGUGUGUUGCUUGGCAGUGGAUCAAACUUAGCAGCUACAAAUCCGUCGCAGCCGCCAAAGCCUUGUAAUGAGAUGGCUGCUCGCGAGGGUAACGCAACGCAGAUCAAGAAGGACCCGUCUGGAGUGCCUGACACAUCGAACUUUCCUCAGGCAUUUACGGACCAGGAAAUUUCAGAGAUGGAGCGAGGGUUUGAUCUUAUGGACCCGAACGCUGCCCAAGUGCAGCGCCCCAACCCGAACGGACACAAGGAUGAUAAGCGCUUGUUCAAGGACUUUGAUUUUACACCGGAGCUGCAGUUGGAUAACGAAGCGAAACAAUUUGAGCAGCUUGCUUUGCAGCAAAACAGUUUCAAGAACCUGCCGCCACCAGCUCUGCUCGAGACAGAUGAGUACAGCAUCUAG